UGCGAGCAUCUUCCUCAAACCUGCAAGGAAUGCCUUGAGUCAUGGAUGGCAUCCGAGUUCGACACCAAGGGCACCGAUGGCAUCAAGUGCCCUGAAUGCCCUGAAACUCUGGAGUAUGCUGACGUGCUGCUCGCGGCCUCUGAGGCAACAUUCCAAGCGUACGACCGCAUCUCCACUCUGAACGCACUGUCCGCACUCGAUGACUUCGCAUGGUGUCUCGGACCAAAGUGUGAUAGCGGGCAGCUCAAUCCCGAGAACAACCAUUUCAUGGACUGCGCCUCGUGCGGCUAUAAGCAGUGUCUCAAGCAUAAAGUGCCAUGGCACACCGGCGAGACGUGCGACCAGUACGACUACCGGACCUCGGGCCAGCAAGCGCGUGAUGAAGAAGCAAGGACGGAGGCUAUGCUCGACUCCGUGAGCAAGAGGUGUCCUGGCGUCAAUUGCGGCUGGCGUAUCCAAAAGACGGAUGGGUGCGAUCACAUGACUUGCCGGAAGUGCAAGCAUGAGUUCUGCUGGCAGUGCUUGGCGGCGCAGACAGAGAUUCGGCGAAUUGGCAACACGGCGCACCAGACGUGGUGCAAGUUCCACUCGGACCGUCUC